UCGAAUCGAACGUCUGCCAGGGAGCCGGGCGCCGGCCGAGCGGCGCGGGCCAAUCAGCGGCGGCGGCUCGCGGCCCCCGAACGUUGGGACACCCGGCCCCGCCCCGCACUGUUGUUUGUGGUGUCGGCCGGCCGCGCGAGCCGGACCACAACACUCGCCCGGCGGGCGGCGGGGCGGGCGAGGGUCCGGAGGCCGCGGGCGGCGGCGAGCGCGAGCCGAGGGCGGCCGGCCUCCCGCGGCCGCCGAUCCCGGGAGGGGGCGCCGGCCGGAGCCAUGUCGGUGAACAUGGAUGAGUUGCGGCACCAGGUCAUGAUCAACCAGUUCGUGCUGGCCGCAGGCUGCGCGGCCGACCAGGCGAAGCAGCUGCUGCAGGCGGCCCACUGGCAGUUCGAGACCGCCCUGAGCACGUUUUUCCAAGAAACCAACAUUCCCAACAGCCACCACCACCACCAGAUGAUGUGCACCCCGAGCAACACACCUGCCACGCCGCCCAACUUUCCCGACGCGCUGGCCAUGUUCUCCAAGCUUCGCGCCUCCGAGGGCCUGCAGAACAACAACGGCCCCAUGACCGCGGUGGCCUGCUCCCCCCCGGCAAGCUUCAGCCCCUUCUGGGCCUCGUCCCCGCCCAGCCACCAGGCCGCCUGGAUCCCACCCUCCUCCCCCACGGCCCACAGCUUCCACCAUCUCCACCACCCGCAGCCCACGUGGCCGCCCGGAGCACAGCAGGGGGGCACCCAGCAGAAAGCCGUGGCUGCGAUGGAUGGCCAGAGAUGAGACUGGAUGCCGCCGGGCGCUGGGCUGGAGCUGGGGGCAGUCCAGGGUCGUGGGGACACAGGAGGGCCGGGGCGGGGUGGGGGGAGCUGGGGCGGGCGGGGUUUCCUGAAGAUCGCACUGGAAGAUUUUAUAAGAGAAUUUUUGUGGGUGGAGGGGACAGUAAACUUCCUGAGCCACUUGGGUCCUUCAGGAGUUUUCAGGCAAGUUUUUUUUCUCUUUUUAAUAUAUAACUAUAAUAUAUAUAUGAAUAUAUAAAAGUAACUAAUGUGUGUGAGAACGGGGCUGGCUGACGGGUGUUGGGUCAGUGGGGAAGGGCCAGAGAAGCCUCCCCUUGGGCCAGCACUCCGUCCUCCACCCCGGUCCCGGGCGCAGGUGCUUGGAAGCCAGGUGGUGUGAUCCUGCAGUCACGAGGUGUCUGCCGGCUGCCUCCUCUCAAAGGCCACACCUUCUGGAAUCAGGAGAAGGACCACCACCUCUCCACUCCACGUGAUGGCGGCAGGAGGGGUGCGCCGGCUGGGUGAAGGUGUGGGCCCUCUUCGCCGUCCUGAGGCUCUCCCCACCCCCAGCCAGUGGCUCUCCAGCUCUUGUCGCCUCUCCCGGUGUCACCCCUGUCUCCAUCUAGGUGUGCAGGGCUUGUGCGGGACUUUAAGAGCCAACUGGGGUCAGAGGCCCGGGCUCGGCCAGUGGGCUUGACCCCCGUAGCUGCCCUGCCUCUUCCACCGUGCAGCCCAGCCGCGGACAACAGAGUGGAGAGCUUGCCUUUGGAUUUAGUUCCCAAAUCAGUCAUCUCACCAGGGUGAAAUUUUAAUUUAAAACUUAAAAGAGACUUUUCUAACUUGC